AUGCCACCCAAAGCCGCCGCUCGGAACGAAUACGUUCAUCCAGAGGCGAGCCAUGCCAAAAAGAAGGUCCCCAGCGCGUAUGGCAUCCAGCCCAUCACCGCCUUCUACUGCUUCCUGACGGCCAACCUCAUCUCUGCCGUGUUCGCCCCGAUCCAGGACUGCGACGAAACGUUCAACUAUUACGAGCCCACCCACUACAUUUCUCACGGUUAUGGCCUCCAGACCUGGGAGUACUCGCCCGACUAUGCCAUUCGCAGCUGGCUCUACGUGGUCAUCCACGCUGUCGUAGGAAACUUGCGCCGCCUGCUGCCUCAGACGAGCAAGGUGGGCGAGUUCUACUUCAUCCGCUAUGCUCUCGCCAUCGCCUGCGCCCUGUGCCAGGUCCUCCUCUUCCGCGUCGUGAGCACCACGCUCAAUGCACGGAUUGGCAUCAUCUUCCUCUUUGCCACCGUCUUCAGCGCCGGAAACUUCCACGCCAGCACCGCCUUCCUGCCCUCGAGCUUCGCCAUGUACGCCAGCAUGCUCGGUGCCACGGCCUUCAUGAACUGGCGCGGUGGCCUCAAGACGUCCCAGGGGAUCGCCUGGUUUGCCGCUGGUGCCGUAGUGGGCUGGCCGUUCGCUGGCGCCCUCUGCAUUCCGUUCCUGGUCGAGGAGGGCCUCAUGGCUCUGUUUAGCGACAAGGAACGGUUCAUCGAAGCCAUCUGGCGUGUGACGCGCGGUGUCACAGGGGCCCUUAUCCUAGUGGCCUUUGAUACCGCCAUCAACACCUUUUUCUACCGAAAGCUGGAGAUCAUUCCUUGGAACAUCAUCAAGUACAAUGUCCUGGGCGAAACCGGCGGGCCCGACCUCUAUGGCACCGAGCCCUGGACCUUCUACUUCCGCAACCUGACCCUGAACCACAACAUUUGGUUCGUCUUGGCUCUGCUCUGCCUGCCGCUGUUCCUCCUCCAGAAGGUUUUGUCGCCGUCGAGCCAGGGUUUCCAGACAGGUCUGCGGGCGCUCAUCUUCAUCUCACCUUUUUACCUGUGGCUCGGCAUCUUCACGUCCCAGCCGCACAAAGAGGAGCGGUUCAUGUACCCGGCGUACCCGUUCCUCGCCAUCAACGCUGCCAUGUCGCUUCACAUUCUUCUCGGCGCCUUGGGCCAGAGUGAUCCGAAGACUCUGGUCGGUAAGAUUCCGGCCAAGCUCAAGCUUGUGGUCGUGACACUCACCAUGAUCCUGUCCCUCGACAUCGGCCUCGCGCGCAUAUACGGAAUCUACUCGGCCUACUCGGCGCCUAUGCGUAUCUAUGCACCACUUACCAACGGCAUCGGCGGCUCGGGCGAUUCGGUUUGUUUCGGCAAGGAGUGGUACCGCUUCCCGUCCUCGUACUUCCUGCCGCGCGACAUGCGGCCUAAGUUCGUGCGGUCCGAGUUUCGUGGCCUUCUACCGGGGGAGUUCUCGGAGGCAAGGAUUGGAUUCGGCUUUUGGAGCGGCACAUGGCUGCCUACAAGCGGCUUGAACGACCGCAACCAGGAGGACCUCAGCAAGUAUGUUGAGCCUCGCAUGUGUUCCUUCAUGGUCGACACGCAAUUUCCUGCGAGGACAGAGCCGCUGCCACCCAAUGAGCCGGACUACGUUGCCGACGAGGAGAACUGGGAGGUCGUCAAGUGUGUGCCCUUCCUAGAUGCCGCCAAUACCCACCCAUUAGCAAGAGCUAUCUGGGUGCCCGAGGUGUCGGUGGUACCGGAAAAGUACCAGAGGAAGUGGGGGCGGCACUGCCUCUUGAAGAGAAAGAAAUGA